GAACACGAAAGGAAUCAGCGGGAUGGGAACCGUUCAACAGGCAAUCGGGUUCACGGACGCCACAACAUCGGAUUGCUCGGGAGGGAGGAUGAAAGAGAGUUAUCUAGCGUAGGCGGCCAGCAAAGUGGCUUGCGCAACACCAAAUUAUGGGAAGAUUGAUGCAUCUACCGACGCAGCCGCGAUACACUUUCUCGGCUUGUGAUAGCCUUCGUGACGAAAGAGCUACGGCGCUGUAUCCGACCAACAAAUCCCUCCAUGAGCCAAGCCGCACACAAAACUCUCGGGGGCGGAAGCAGCAAGCGCCGAGUCCGUCUCGGGCGGGAGUGAUGGAACCUCGGGCUGCAACUCGGCGUCUCACCACACACUAUUUGUCCCCUCCCCCCCCCACCCCCCACCACCACCAAGCGAAACAAUGAGUUUCGUCGAUCGAGGUCUUUCCCGGAAGGGUCAUUAUUGGGCAAAGAGAGACUGUCCAUCAUCAUCAUCAUCGGCCCGGGAGCCAGUCACCAGUUCUGCUACCGCCUUUGAACAUUAACAAGCUUGUCCUCUUUCGGGCUUUCACAGACAACAACAAAAUAAACUGUGCCACCUCCUUCCCUCCGUCUCCGCCUCCGCCUCCGCGUUUCGUCAAACGUGAGAGCGUCGUGCAGCGAGGCUUCUUAGCUGAGAGUGCGUGCCCCGGAUUGGCGCUGCAGAACAUGGAAAACUUGAGUUAUUUCUGAAUUACAUACUGAAGAGUGAGCGUCACCGGUUGAUCGGCCUUGGUUCGGGGGCCAUGCCAAUCCGGGCGGGAGAGGAACCACAGCAACACGGCUCGGUGCCAAGGAUCUACAUGCGUGAUCAUGUCCCAAUUCCGCCCAAGCGGAGAGGUGAGACUUGGUCACCGUGAUUUAAUGUAAAAAUGCAAAUGGCCCAGCGCCAGUUGAGGAGCGCGUCGCGUCGAUUUUUGUGUGUGCUUGUGUAAUGCAUCGGCACCUACCCAUAGGCCCGAUGGCCAGCCAAGACCUCGGGCGAUUGGGUGGUCGGUGGUGAUGAGGACGGGAUUCGAGAGGGCCGCCGGAGAAGCUGGAUUGGACGGGAAGGAUGGUGAUUCAAAGGGACAAGCCGCACCACCUCGGUCUGAGAAGCACAAAGAACUGAUCUGGUUGCUGCUGCUGAUCCCGGCAUUUCAGAAAUGUCCCUAGAGACACGGAGUUGUAUGGGUUAAAUGGAGGUUAGAUACAACUUGUAGCUAUAAAUGGACAAAGACACUUUAGCCUGUGAUUGCUCUGCUGCUGGCUGCUGGUUGCUGGCUGCGGACGGGCGGAGGAGGGCGGAGGACCUAGGGCGGAGAAGACGCUGAGGUUUGAGGUUGAGAGGGAGACAGACACAGGAGGAGAGAAGAAGCGGCCGGUGAAGGAGGGGUUGCUUUGGGAAUCGUGAAGGGGCCAUCAGCUCCACCGCCACGGAAGUGACUUCCAUGUCACUGGGUGCGUGGCGGAUCCACUUUGCUUCCGAUUGCGUCGAGUGUCCUCCCGUCGGUCUGCCCUGUCUCCCGGGGAGCUCUUCGUUUUCUCCCGCCGUUUGUUGUUUGGCUGUCAUUGCUGCGUGUGCAUCCGGGGUUUGGAGUGUUGAUUUUGGCCAAGUCUGGCUGGGUAGGUUCGAUAAGCGUUAUCUGGCAAAAAAAAAAAAAAAAAAAAAAAAAAAAAAAGAAGGCAGGAAACUGCCCAAAGUGUCCUCUGACACAAACACACGGUGGUGCCGGGGUCGGAUUGACUGGCGGCCGAAGCGCCCGAGCAAAAUUGGGAAAUGGCUUGGCUCGGAAAUCCGGGAUAUGUGGAACUGCACUCCGGCGAACGCGACACCGAUUGUCGAUUUUGCCUUAGCUCCCUCCAAGACUAGAUCCCGUCUCAUAAAUCGCUCGUUCAACUAAUCAGAAAUCCACUGCAGUGUAAAACCUGCAUGUUCUGUUUUCUCGCCGAUGGAUAGGCAGCAUUGUCGCCGAGUGCUGUGAAGCAAAAGAAGCAGAAAAAGAAGAAGAGGUGAUGAGACCGGGCGGCGCAGCAGCCUUGAGCCACCUCAAACACGGGUGACGGGUCAUUGCCCGAUCAUGCUUCGGGACACGUUAGGGCAGAAAAGGGGGCCACCGUCUUCUUCUCGUCGCGCAACCGAAUGCCAAUAACCUACCUGGAAGCUGAAGAGUAUGGAAGAGGGCCCGCCGCGUGGUGGAAGUGACUCGUUGGACAAGGCAAAAACAAAAAACGCCCGCUCAUCAAAAGGUACGGCCGGAGGUGCGAGUGACUCCUCCCCUGCUCCACCGCGGGGGCCUGGAACUGAAAAGCAACCGUCCCGCAUGCAAGCCGGGAGCCAAAUGACGGGAAAUCGCCGUGGCACCUGGGAGGUGAGGUGGGCGAUGGAGGAGGUGGAGGGGGGGGGAGAGGUACGAAGGUUAAGGUAUGACUGGGGGAGUUGGGCUCCGGCACACAGCCCAGAGUCGGAGCACAGCGCCCAGCCGACCGUCGCAACCUCCAUCGUAGGCAUCGCUGGUGUCGCAAGCUGGCAGACGCCUCUUCCCCUGCGCACGGCGCGUGCACUGGCAGCCUUUUUUGUUCUUGAUGGAACUUCACACACCAGUCUCUGGGAAGAUAGAUAAGAUGGUGUGGGCAAGGUGGAAUAGUACCUGCCAGGUAUGUAGUAGCAUCAUGGGCGGCGGGUGGUCUACCGAUCAGCGGCUGGUUUGAGCCGGAUUUGCUUUGGCUGAGGCAUCUCGGUGUCUCGGUGGGAGAGCCUGGGCAAUCCGGGGCUGUUUAACUCGUGUUCUGUUCUAUCUUCAGCAGUGCCAUCAAAGAUUGUAUAGUUUUGGAUAGAGCUAUAUCAGGAUGGCGUGGCUAGGUAUGGUAAAGUCGAGCCAUCAAACGGAGAUUUAGCGGAGAUGACGAGUGCGAGACAAGAUCGGGAUCGUUUUCCUCACUGCCGGGGCCGGCUUGCUUUGUGUCGCGGCGCUGACAGUGGCGGCGGGCGCUGUUUGUCGCUGGACUGAGGGGCUGCUGGUAGCGACUGCGUCUCUGGCAGGCCCCACAGACCCCCGGCACCAUCAGCCGAUCCGCCCGCUCGAUUGUGACCCACUUACCAGAGCGCUGCCGCCGCCUCCCUUCCCUCGCUUCCUGAGCUUCCAAAGUCCGUCCGAGCCUUUUUACCCCAUCGCCCCCCGUCAUUCCGUCCUUCCUGGCCUCGCCCUCUCUCCUCUUCCUUUUCCCACUCGAACCUGACCACAGCUCACCUCAUCGCCGUCGACGACGACGACAUCACAGGCCGGUCCACUGUUCUGAUUCUUGUCUCCUGUGGCUCCCGGCGCACCUCCGGACUCUUGUUUUUUCCUGCUCCGGCUUUCUCGGACUUGGAUCGGACCACAGACCACACAACAGAAAAGUAAGGUUUUGCUUCAUCAUCGCCAACAUCGUCAACAUCAACUUCUUCACCAUCUUCGCCAUCCCCCACCCCACACACCAAACACAGCAGCCUCUCUCAGCAACUCUCAGCAAUGGCGUCGGUCGUGCGAUCGACAGCCCUCCGGGCCGGUGGUGCCUGUGUGCGCUGCCGGAAGGGCAAGACCAAGUGUGUCUACGAAAACGGCAGAGCACCAUGCAAAAACUGCGCCAAGGGAAUGCACGAAUGCUAUCUCCCCUCUGAGUCCAUGGCCCAUGGUGGUCAUGGAGUAUCGCCAGCCCGGAUGCAGCACCGCAUCCGGGAGUCUUUGCCCAGCGAACGGGUGGUUUCAAGCAGCGCUGUUGAUCGCCAGGUACCGGCCGGUCCCAGUUCCAGCGUGUCGCGUCACGCCUCGGCGGCGCAUGAAAAACUUACACCCGAGCUCAUGACGGAAUGCGAGCGAGUCAUCAGCAAGACCCUACCGGCCUGUGUUGCCUUCCACAAGCCGACCUUUUUGGUGGCGCUCAAGAAUGCCUCGAUGGAGCCGACCAUGGUCAACGCGCUAUUGACCACAGCUGCGCGGCACUCCCCCGCCAUGAUUCGCCGGUAUGGCGGACACGGUAGCAGCAGCACUGCGGCCGAGCAUUUUGCCAGCAAGACCAUCAACCUGGUGAUGCAGAAUCUGGACACGCCUAGCCUUGCUGAUAUCCAGUCCGUCUGCCUCCUGAUUCUGCACGAAUGGGGUUGCCGCAAUGCUGUUCGCGCCUACACUUAUCUUGGCCUUGCAGCUCGCAUGGCGCAGAUGUACAGGCUUGUCCACCACCACAACUCUACCAAUGAGCCGGAUCAGUUUCAGAUGGAGGAGUCUUUCCGUCGCACACUUUGGCUCAUCUACAUCCUGGAUUGCUUCUUGACCAGCAGCCCAGGACGCCAUCCAGCAUUGACCCACCUUGAUGUCCAAGAUGUUUCACUGCCCUGUCUCGACAUGAAUUACAACUUUACGAGUCCUGUACAUGUUCGCACCCUCAGCGGCGCCCCCCCAGCGGGCUUGAAGGAUCCCUCUGCCCAGCUCAGCGAGGUGGGCGAGUUUGGUCAUAUUGUCUUGGCCACCAAGGCCUGGCGCCAAGUCGUCGAGAUGAUGACCACCACGACGUUGGCCACCUUUUCCGAUGAGAGGUGUGUGCAGCUUGAGCAAGACAUUGAGGUCCUCAGACAGUCCCUUCCCAUGCACUUUGCCGACAAGCCCAACAACAUCAACCUCCACAUCACCAUGGGCAGCGGCUACACGUAUGCCUUUAUCCACUGCCUCUUGAACUGCGGCACCAUCUUUGUCAACCGCAGACGCAUGCUCCAGGUGGUCACGGACGAGAACUUUAGCAUCGACUUGUGGCGUGGAUCUUCCCACACUCACGUCCAGACUGUUGACAAGAUCUUUGCGGCUUCUCACAGCAUCAUCCACUCGCUGUUGGCCCUGGAAACCGGAGCUGACAAGGACAGCAUCCUGUGCUUCCCUCUGUUUAUGCUCUUUGCCGCCUUCACCGCCGGCUCAACCGUCGCAUACCUUACACUGAAGGGACUGGCCCCCGCCAACUCGAGCGAGUCCGCAUUCAACAUAGUGAGGGACAGUGUUCGCAUGUGCCAGGACGGAGCCGAAUCCUGGCCCCUGGUCAUCCCCUGGCAGCGCCACCUCUCGGUCAUGUCUAAGGUCCUUCGCGACGUGAAGAGCGCGCCACGCGACAAGGCCCGCGAAGACAGCAAGAAGCGGGCCCUCUCGCCAUCUGUCAAGGACGACAAUGUCAGCCAAACCGACACGAAUCCGGACGCGAUGGACUAUGAACAACCCGAUGUGUCCACUGCUGGCCCUCAAGCUGUCCCUACCACUGAGGGUCGGGCAAGCGAGCCCCCGGUACCCCGCAAGACCGGCAUCACCACUAUCAAUGGUGGGCCUGUUGCCGUUCCCACACCCGCCGACAGCCCGCCACCACCAGUACCAGUCGUCGCCAAGGUUGACUCCCCUUCCCCAGCCUCACCAGGCUCAGCUCUCGGCGGUGUCCAGUCGUCUAGUACCGGUCCCGAUGUUCCCGACGUGGACAUGACGGCGCUGGAGUUGUGCGCAGCGUUUGAGAGGCAGCUGCUCGAGCUGGAUGACUUGGCCGCUUUCAUGGGGGGCGGAGUUGGGAGUGCGCCGAGCUAGAUGUUCUUGAAGGAAGCGCAUAGAGUGAGGAAGUGAAGAAGAAGGGUCCGAUCUUUCCCUUACUAAGCACGGUUUUCUGUAAACUAUUUCUUUGUUGCGUUGUUCUGUACAAUACUUGGCUUUUUAUUCUUUGGCUCUUUUUGUCAGGGACACCUCGUCCUUCUAGGGAGGGUUUCUGUUCUUGUGUGGCUGGGAUAAUUGAUGACGGGAGGGGUUGGUGUUGGGGGAAAUGGAUGGGGUGGGCUGUUUUUGCAAGGAGUUUUGUGCGAUGGAGGGAUACCACCCAAGCGGUUCAUGUUAUGGUUCACGGCCGGUUUUACAGGCCAUGGGGGAAGGCAAAAGUGUCUAGAUGGGGAUACUAUUUUUUUUGUCAUUUUAUAGGAGGCAGCGUGUGCUCUAC